UAAUAACAUCGAAACUCUUAUAUAAAUCACGGAGGAAUAGCUUUUUUCGAUUUAUUCAAAUUAUUUUUGGUAUUCUAUUCGUAUCGCCUUCACACUGGCGAUACCACUGCCUGCUGCUGGAUUGCCAGCCAAAAUAAUGUAGAUAAAUCGAAAAAAAAUAAUCGUUCGCUCUGAGCGAGAUUCGACCCCGGGAGUUUCGGAGUUCGAAUCUAGUGCCGUAUGUACUCCGUUAUCAGCAUAUUGUACUUACAUACUAACAAAAUUUAUAUGUAAAUUGUGAACCAAGAUUUAUAUAGAAGUUUUGUUGUUUCUAAACUAUAAGACAUCUAGUAGCGUAGUGGAUAGCGCAUCAGACUAGGACUCCGAAGGUCCCGGGAUCGAGUCUCCCUCGGAACGGCCGCUUUUUUUCAAUUUGUUAAAAUUAUUUUUGCCGUUCUGUUGCUGGCAAUACAGCAGCACAACGUGCUGUUCUAUUGCCGUUUCGUUGCUGUUACAUUACCCACGCUUAUUCGGUUAAUACAACGGCACAGCGUGCUGUUCUGUUGUCGUUCUGUUGCUAUUACGAAUUGGCACGUCGUGUCGGCGUAUUGUGAUUCUUUUUACGGUAUUAAACGCAAUACCGUGCCGUCAUAAUAAAGCUUUAUGCGGCGGCAAAAGAUACCAUAUUUGUGUUUCAAAAUUCAAUUUCGUGCCGUGUUAUUGCUGUAAUUCUAGCGCAAAAUAUCUAUCUGGGUAGGUACGUUCCAUUUAUCGCCCGUGACGCUCAGACGACGUCUACUGGGAUAGGAUUUUGGGCGAUAAGUGGAACGACCGUGGUGGUACAUGUUGCCUGUUGCUGUGGUAAGUGACGACCCCACCGGUUGUGAUCUCGAACUAUACUCGACCACUCUUACCUUUUGUUGUCAAAACAAACGAAAUUCCAUUCCCGCGCGUUUGGACGGCGAACUCUGAAUACGUUUUAUUGAGAAAAAUCUAAAAAGAACGUAUAUUGAAAUAAGAAAUCACAGGUAAUUUAUUAUUCUAAUCAUUCACGUCAGCGUGACUAAAAAAACAUACGGUAUAAGCCACAUCGCUAAUCCAGACGAUAACCUAACCUAUAAGGAAAGUUUUCACGUGUCUGUGCUAGAAGAAUUUUUUAUUCGCUCAAGUAACCCUGCAAAAACAAUAUAAACGAUAAAACAUCGUCGAUGAAAAUGGAUAAACAAAAGAGGAAAGGGUAUAGCAACAACAGAUCUUACUAUAACAAAAGAUCGAAGCAGUACACCCUCGAAACUGGAAUGACUGGAUUUUUAUGCACUUGCAACUUUCGUGAAAAAGAGUGCAUUCGCGAUGCCUACAAAAUUCUUGAAGAAUUUUCAUGCGAAUUGUACGGCUCAGAUGAGAAAAUUAUCUCAAAAUCUCAGACUGACGUUGAGACACUAGAUGAAGACGAGUUUAAACAAGAUACUGGAGAAGAAGAAGAAGAAGAUAUAUCUAAAGCUCUGAAAAAAGAGAUAGUUCAACUCAAGGCAGAGUUCCAAAAUCCAGUGUCUGCUAAACGAUUUCAGAGUGUCGACGUAGGGGUGAAAAACGUGAUCUUCAUGAGUACUACUCUGCCAGAUCCUCUUGAGUUGGCUCUCAAGAUAUACAAAAACUUGGAUGAAACAAAACAGCAGAAAACUCGAUUUAUACUCAGGCUAGUUCCUAUACAAGUUGUCUGCAAGGCCAAUACAACUGAAAUUAAAACAAAAGCAGAUGAACUUUUUGAAAAAUACUUUGCUCAGGAACCAAAAACGUUCAGUAUUAUUUUCAAUCGCCACUGCAAUGGUAAAAUAGAAAGGAGCGAAAUAAUUGAGGAACUUGCGGGUUUGAUAUCAAAGAAAAAUCCAGGGAACAGAGCAAAUCUGUCGAGUCCAGAGAUCGCAGUUGUGGUUGAAAUUGUGCGAGGAUUCUGUCUGCUCUCUAUAGCCCCUGAUUACUUCAAAUACAAAAAGUACAAUUUAUUGGAACUGUGCAAUGUCAAAGAACUUGAGAAGCCUGCUAAGGCACAGGAGGCCGACGUCUCUCUAAAAACCGAUUGUUCACUGUUACCUAAAGACUCGGGGAAUGUAGAACAAACGGACAUUCCAGAAAAACAAAACAUGCUGGAAGACUGAAGACAGACGAAACUCAAGUCGAAGAUGUUUAAGUUCUUUACCUCUUUAUUAUUAUAAAACUUGAGAUUAUAUUUUAUUUUAUUUAAUACUACAAAGUAGUAAUAUAUAUCACAGAAUAUACGAGCUGACAAAAACAUAAGUAUAUUUUCUGUAAAAAUAAUGUUGAUAAUAAAAUAUUGGAGAGUCGCUUAAUA